AUGAACAGAAUUAAAUAUGCAUUUCCUUUAUUGUGGAAACACAACAUAAUAGGGAAUGCGACCAAACUAACCCCUAUGUCUUCCAAAAUAAUUGAUAAGGUUUUCAUAAGUAGUAAUAAAUCUGGUGUGCUAAAUUUUAGUAACAGGGCAAAAAUUAAAAAAGUAAAAUGUAACAACUGUAGUUGUGAUAUAAAUAUUGAGACUUUAGUUCCCUUAUGUUGCCAGAGUUGUAAAGCAUUGAUUAGUGUAGAAGUGUUUAAAAUUUUUAACUUUUUUGAGCUUUUUGACAUAGAAGCUAGCUACGAUAUAGACAAAAAUGUUUUAAAAAAAAAAUUUAAUGACAUACAAAAAAUAUACCACCCUGAUCAGAAUUCUCAAAACCCUGAGUUGGAAAAAGUAAAUGAAGUCUCAAGUUACAUAAACCAUGCUUAUAAAACCCUGUUGAAUGACAUUGACCGAGCUAUAUAUAUUAUGGACAAGAAAUAUGAUUACAAGAUAAAGGAAGAAGAAAACUUAGAGGACGAAGAGUUUUUAUUCGAAAUCAUUGAGAUUAACGAGCAAAUUAAUAACCCUGAUGCAAACAUUGUGGAAUUGACAAAGGAAUAUAAAGAUAAGUAUCAAGAUCAUGUGGAAAGAAUCAAACUUCAUUUCAAAGAAAAAGAUUUUAACAGUGUUAUAAAUGCUUUAAAAAAAUUAAAAUUUAUAAAUAGAAUUUUGGAUAGGUUACAAAAUAUAUAA